GAGAGAGAGAGAAAGAAAGAGCAGGAGAUGUGUUGUGGGCACCAGGGACAGCGACAGCACAGGGCGAGAGCUGAUGGCGUUACUGAAUAAUUCAGCAGAUGAGUGACCGACUGCUGGUCAAAGGCGGUAAAAUCGUCAACGAUGAUCAAUCCUUUUUUGCUGACAUUUACAUCGAGGACGGUCUCAUCAAGCAAAUCGGCGAGAAUCUGAUCGUGCCCGGCGGAGUGAAGACCAUCGACGCCCACGGGUGGAUGGUAAUUCCCGGGGGCAUCGAUGUGCACACGCGUCUGCAGAUGCCCAUCAAAGGGAUGAUCGCGGCCGAUGACUUCUUCCAGGGCACAAAAGCUGCUCUCGCUGGUGGCACCACCAUGAUUUUUGACCACGUGCUGGCGGAGCCCGGGAUCAGCCUGAUCACCGCCUUCGAGCAGUGGCGCGAGUGGGCGGACGGCAAGACCUGCUGCGACUACUCCCUGCACGUGGACAUCACCGAGUGGUACAAGGGGCUGCAGGAGGAGAUGGAGUUCUUGGUGAAGGAACACGGCGUCAACUCCUUCCUCGUGUACAUGGCUUACAAGGAUCACUACCAGUUAACUGACGCGCAGAUGUACGAGGCUUUGAGUGCCAUCCGUGACUUGGGAGCGAUCGCGCAGGUUCACGCCGAGAACGGAGACAUUAUCGCCGAGGAGCAACGUAGGAUCCUCUCCCUGGGAAUCACCGGACCUGAGGGACAUGUCCUGAGCAGGCCAGAAGAGGUUGAGGCCGAAGCAGUGAAUCGGGCCGUGACUGUUGCCAAUCAGACCAACUGCCCCCUGUAUAUAACCAAGGUGAUGAGCAAGACUGCCGCUGACGUCAUAGCCCAAGCCAGGAAGAAAGGUACCGUGGUGUAUGGGGAGCCCAUCACCGCCAGCCUUGGCACCGAUGGGUCUUAUUACUGGAGCAAGAACUGGGCCAAAGCUGCAGCUUUCGUCACCUCCCCUCCUCUCAGCCCCGACCAGACCACCCCGGACUACCUCAACUCCCUCCUCUCUUGUGGGGACUUGCAGGUCACAGGAAGUGCUCACUGCACUUUCAACACCGCUCAGAGAGCGUUGGGGAAGGAUGACUUCACGCUGAUUCCCGAGGGGACUAACGGAGUUGAGGAAAGAAUGUCCAUCAUUUGGGACAAAGCUGUGGUAUCCGGCAAGAUGGACGAGAACCAGUUCGUGGCCGUGACCAGCACCAACGCAGCCAAGAUCUUCAACCUGUACCCCCGCAAGGGCCGGGUGGCGGUGGGCUCGGACGCUGACCUCGUCAUCUGGGACCCCGACGUGGUCAAGACCCUCACGGCGAAGUCCCACAACCUGGCGGUGGAAUACAACAUCUUUGAAGGGAUGGAGUGUCGUGGGGCGCCUCUGGUGGUCAUCAGUCAGGGCAAAAUCGUCCUGGAGGACGGGACCAUUCACACCAGCGAGGGCUCAGGCCGUUUCAUCCCCAGGAAGCCCUUCCCUGACUACGUGUACAAGAGAAUAAAGGCGAGAAGCAAGCUGACGGAACUGCGCGGGGUCCCGCGGGGGCUGUACGACGGGCCCGUGUGCGACGUGCCAGCGACCCCCAAGUCCGUGACCCCCGCCUCCUCGGCCCGCACCUCCCCGGCCAAACAACAGCAACAACAGCAGCAGCAGCAGCAGCAGCAACAACAACAACAGGGUGCCCCGAUGAGGAACCUGCACCAGUCUGGAUUCAGUUUGUCCGGUAAAUGUGCUCAGAUAGAUGACAACUUGCCGCGCCGUACCGGACAGCGUAUAGUGGCUCCUCCUGGAGGCCGGGCAAACAUCACGACCCUGGGGUAAACUUCCGGCCCCAACAGCAGCGGCAGAACCUUUCUGUUUGUUUUCUCCUCUCUCCCCCCUCUUUCCCCCCCCCCCCCCCCUCUCUCUCUCCCUCUCCCUCCCCCUUUCCAUGUUCGUUUGCGUUAAGAGCCUGUGACGGUCGCUGUGGACGAAGCGAGCUCGAUCCCGGGCCCCCUUGGACGCGUGCACGCAGGUGCGCUCACGUGCAUGCGCUCGUGGGCGCCCGCGCGUGCGUCUGUGCCCGUGCGCGGUGCGCGUACGCGUGUCU